UUCAUUAACUGCUCAGAUGCUGAACAGUUUGAACGUGAAUCCGGCUUAUCAUAUACUAUAUAAUGCAAAUCUUAUGGAACAUUGGCCUGUGUUUUGUCUGUCUGCUCUGCCCAAGCCUGGUGCGUGCGCAGGGUCACGUGCUGGAUAAGCCUGUUACGGAGCUGUGCCUCAAUUGCCUUUGCGAGGCAAUCUCUGGCUGCAAUGGGACCGCCGUCUGCACCAACCCAGAUAAGGGCACCUGCGGCAUCUUCCGCAUUACUUGGGCCUAUUGGGUGGAUGCGGGCAAAUUGACCACAAAUGGUGAUGAGCCCGACUCGGAAGAUGCCUUCAUCAACUGUGCGAACGAUCCGCGCUGCGCCGCCGACAGCGUGCAGAACUAUAUGAAGAAAUUCAAUCAGGAUUGCAACGAUGAUGGGGAAAUGGACUGUCACGAUUAUGCCAGAAUUCACAAAUUGGGCGCAUAUGGCUGUCAUGGCGAAAUGCCAUAUAAAUUUCAGAGUACCUUCGAUGACUGCAUUGAGAACUAUGAGCUACAGGGUUUUGAGUAAAAUCUAAGGAAGGAUAACCAUUGAGAAAAAGCUGAUAAAAAGCUUAUACAUAUAUAUGAUUAGGAUAUACUUCUUUAAAGUAAGCUUGAUUUUAUAUUGCAACUAUAAUCUGAAUAUAUAAUAUAAUUUCUGGGGAAUUUUUUUUAGAAUUGUGAAAGCCAAGUUAAUUAAUAA